AUGGCUAUCGAGAUUGACCUUGCGGAGUACCUCUUCAAACGGCUGAUCGAGCUUGGUCUUGGAUCCGUUCACGGAGUCCCAGGGGAUUACAACCUCACUGUUCUCGACUAUAUCAAGCCCAUGGGUCUUCAUUGGGCCGGCAAUGCAAACGAGCUCAACGCAGGCUACGCAGCUGACGGUUAUGGAAGAAUCAAAGGCAUAUCCGCCAUCAUCACCUCUUUUGGCGUUGGAGAGCUCUCUGCCAUAAACGCCAUUGGAGGUGCAUACGCGGAGAGGUCUCCAGUCGUGCACAUUGUUGGAACCGCCCCCAUGGCAGCCCAGAAGGUUGGAGCCUGUCUGCAUCACACUUUGGGCACUGGAAACUACAGAGCAUUCCCGGAGAUGAACAAAUGGGUGACUGUGGCCCAAGCGAAUCUGACAGAUGCUGAGACGGCACCGGCUCUGAUUGAUGCAACCCUAAAGGCAUGUGUCUUGAAUAGUCAACCUGUGUAUAUCGAGCUUCCAACAAAUAUGGUGAAAGCUCAAGUGUCUGUUCCGGUCACACCUAUCGACCUAUCAAUCCCUGGAUACGACGAGGCGUAUGAAAACGAAGUGGUGGACAAGGUCGUGAAAAGGAUUCAAGGCUCUACAAAGCCAUUGAUUCUCAUGGACGGAUUGACGGCUCGCUUCCGUGUUACCGAAGAGGUGAACACAUUUGUACGAUUGACCGGCUUUCCUACUCUUUCCGCACCUUUCGGAAAAGGCAUUGUCAAUGAAAGCCUGUACAACUACUACGGUAUUUAUGUCGGAGACGUUGGAGAUGCAGUUAUCAAACAACAAGUUGACGACGCGGACCUAGUCCUCAACUUUGGGCCCCUGCAUUCUGAUGUCAAUUCCUUUGGCUUCACGGCUGUGCCCAAGGCGGAUGUCACAAUUUCUUUGAACAUGCACUCCAUCAAGUUCGGUAACGAAGGUGGCCACGACGGCGAUGUCAUCUCUAUCAAGUCAUUCAUGAGGAAGCUGGUGAGGCGAGUCAGUGCUAUUAACCUGCCCGCUGUUCGAACAUUCAACCAGGGCCCGUCUUCUUCGCGCCUUUUGCUGAAGAAUCUCAAGCCCUCCGCCGACGACGCAAUUAUCGACCAAGACUCUUUUUGGCUUCGAAUGUCUGAGUUUCUCCGACCUGGAGACCUUGUCCUCGCGGAAGCCGGUACGUCCUUUGCAGGCACCAGUACGAUUGUGCUUCCAGAGAACGUUAUCCUUAUAAACUCCGCUCUCUGGCUCUCCAUUGGCUAUACGCUUCCUGCGUUACAGGGAAGCGCUCUAGCUCAGCGAGAACAGCGCAAGGACGGUAGCGAUGAGGGUGCUCGCUCAUCUGGCCGUGCCAUAUUGUUCAUUGGAGACGGAAGUCUUCAAAUGUCCGCUCAAGGCAUUAGCGAUAUUAUCAGGAGCCGACUUGACGUUACGAUUAUUGUCAUCAACAACAAUGGCUACACUGUUGAGCGAGUCAUUCACGGCUUCCACGAACACUACAACGAUAUCCAACCAUGGAGGAACACCGAGGCUCCAAACUACUUUGGGGCACCGCUGGAUGAUUCCGAGUAUCCCGUGGUAUCAGUGCAGGCCAAGAAUUGGGGAGAGCUGCGAAGUGUUCUGCGACGCAAAGAUGUCCGGGCGGGCAAAGGUCUGACAAUGAUUGAGGUGUUUAUGGACAUGGCAGAUGCUCCGGCUCCUCUCAAGAAGCUUUCUGCCUAUGUCAGCAACAGGAACAAGACGAACGGUUCGUAG